CUUGCUCGCUUUUUGGCAUCUUCUGGAAAACUUGGGCUGUCCAACAGGUUUGGUGGUUUUCACCCAGUUAGAAAACAUGGUUUUUACUAGAGGUUAUGCAACAUGUGCAGGCAUCUGAGGAACAACCAUUCUGUCUUAAUGAGGUCAAAAGCUAUUGCCUGGAAGAUACUUUCUAACUUGCACUUCAUCAGGCCACAGUGCCCAACUGGACUGUAUCUCCUGCAACGCAUAGCUGGAAGUACGGCCCACAUAAGGGAGGUUCCUGUUGCGUGUAAAUCGUGUCCCUGUGGCUACAUAUUUAUUAGUCGGAAACUCUUACAUGCUAAACGUGCUGAGAGGUUGCCACCCAUCACAGAAAACAAGAGUGAAGCCAAAAGGAGACGGACAGAGAGAGUUAAGCGAGAGAAGAUAAAUUCUGCAGUAAAUAAAGACUUAGAAAACCGAAAAAGAUCAAGGUCUAACAGCCAUUCAGAUCAUAGCAGACGAGGAAGAGGAAGACCUAAGAGCGCUUCAGCGAAAAAGCAUGAGGAAGAAAGAGAGAAACAAGAAAAGGAAGUUGACAUGUAUGCUAACCUUUCAGAUGAGAAGGCCUUCGUGUUUUCAGUGGCUUUGGCAGAAAUAAACAGAAAAAUUAUCAAUCAAAGACUUAUUCUGUAACUUGUAAGCACAAUCUGUUGCAUUUAUAUGCAGAACGGCUAGCAUGUUUCCAAGGUGUCGUGGACUCUCAGGAAGUUUGUUGUCUGCACCCACAACUACUAUAGUAUUUCCUCUUAAAAUUCUGCUGCUUUUCCUGGAAUUUGGAUUCUGUCUCUACAAGUCAAACUGUUCUCAAGAUUGUGUCUGAAAAUCAGAAAGCAGAUAUGUUUUACACCUUGAAGAUGAAUGCUAGAUGAAUGCACAGAGACUGCACCCAUUCCAGAGCACUUCUUUUAGAUUUGCUGCCAGAAAUGCAAUAUUUUAAAUACUUUCAGAAAUAAAUGAUUUUUCCUUUUAAAAUAUAUAUUUCAGAUUUUUCAGCUAUAUUACAGUUUACAUAUGUACAGUUCACCUUUUUAAUAAAUUGAUAUUCCAAUAUUUUAUUGAACUGGAAAUUAAGUACAUUUAUCAUAUUUAAGGUGUAUUUUUUAAAUCCUCUUAGAAAUCUGGUAUUCAUCCUAGGGAUGAGUGUAGAUGGCUGUUUUUAAUAGAUGUGAUGUAACUGUGAUUGAAAGAAAAUUAAAGCCAUUCCACUUCUGGGGA